AUGUCGUCAUCGGUGUCCAAUUCCAAGAGGUUGCACGGACCAGUAGCGGAUGGUGUUGACAGUCUCAGUAGCCUUGCUGACCCGCUGCUCCAUCUCGUGAUGUCCUUCCUGCCAAUGCCAGAAGUCGUCCGCAAAUGCUUGCUCUCCCCAAGGUGGCAUGAUCUCUGGGCCUCCAUGCCCUUCAUCCACCUAGACUACAAGGACUUUAUGGAUGGUGAUUAUGACUGGGAGAAGAGAAUGGCGGAUCGGAAUAGGCUGCAGAAGUUUGGGGACCAGUUGCUACUCUUGCGUGAUGGCACUCUACCCUUGGAUGAGGCUCGGAUCUUCUUCAGAGGUGGUGAUUUUGCUAACAAAUGUGAUACGUGGAUUCGGCACAUCAGGCAUAAAGCUCGUUUGCUUCAUGUUUAUUGUUCUAGUGUCAUCACAACAAUAUUCGACAACAGGUCAAUGUUUCAUUCUCAGCACCUGAGAAGAAUCAAGCUCCAAGAGGUUAGUUCGGAUGACAGAUUUUUCAGGCCGCUGAAUUUUGACUUCCAUGUGCUUGAACAUAUAGAGCUGGAGCAUUGCAAUGUCUGGGACCCGCAGCAAAUGUCAUCAAGAUUUGAGUGA